AUGCACGCGCUGGCAAAACUAAAAUCCAUCACCCCUACCGUAAAUCAAAUAGUCCGUACGUACGCGUUAAAAUCGGAUCUGAAAAUUAAAUGGGUCCGGCCGGAAAAGAUCCCGUGCUACAAGCCGGAAAAGUCGGGUGAUUUGCAGUCACUACCCAAAUUUGCCGGCACCGAACUGAUGAAGGAUUACCGCGAGUCGAAGGAGCUGGAAUCGGCAAAUGAGCAUGUUCGCAAUCUGUUCACCUUGGAUCACAAUAGGCGCCGGGAGAUGGUAGAAAACUUUAAAGAAUCCAUGGUGCAAAAAGUGUACCGACACGAUCUCGAUUAUGGUUCCAUGGAGGCGAAACUGGGACUUAUGACGGCAAGAAUACGCAGCUUGCAAGAAUACAUGGAACAGUUCCCGCGCCAGUCGAAGGUGAAGGUACAGCUGAAGGAACUGAUUGACAAACGCAAGCGUUUCCUGCGUUAUUUACGGCGCUGGGAUUAUCGUCGAUUCGAGUAUGUGCUGGAAAAGCUAGACCUUGUUUACAAACCAUACCCAACGCAUUUCCACUGGAUCACCCGUAAAGAUUCGUUACGCAAAUUGACCGACACCCACUGCGAACAGAUCAAAGAGACUCGUCUGGAUGAGUAUCGCAAGCAGCUGGAAUCGGAACAGUUAGCCUUUCUGGAAAAGAAGCUAAAGACGCUGGAAUUCAUCCGCAAGGAACAGACCGAGUGCCAGGUACCGGUGACGGUGACGAAAGAGGAAAUCCAAGCCGUCCGCAAGCAGUAUGAUGAGCUAAAACAAAAGCGAGCAGCAAUCACGGAAAGCUUAAAAGAGUCGGAAGAAUCAUAA